UAUUUAGGGGUGCUUGAGCACCCCUAAAAAUAGGCUAACUCUUUUAACUUUUUUAAUUGUACUGGUCUGAACUCAGUCAAUCAUUGUUAAUCCCACUCAGCCAUGACUCUGACACAGGUUAGCGCUUUAAUCGCAUUAAUGAUUAAAUGGAGAAAGAAUGUUGAUAGUAUCAGAGUAACUAGGAAGGUGCUUUAAGCCCAUUCUGCUGUAAGUUUCCACAAAACACAGUAUUACAGUUUUUAUUGAUUGCUUUAACCUGUUUGAAGAAACUUGGUAACCUCUCAGUCCUCAUCAUCACUCUCUCAGCAGAGCAAAAAACACCUCUUGCAAAUGAGUUAACCCAUUGUCAUUGGUUUGACACAAUUCCCCCACCCUUUUGCAAAUCAGUUAACGCAGAUGUCAUUCAAGCAGUCCAAACUCCAUUGCUUUAGCUGUGGUAACCAAACAGAAACCAUAUAUUACCAUCUCUUAGAAACCUCUUGACCGGCAUGAAAUCACUGGAGCACCUGUUUGACACUGCUUCACACAACUUUUCAAUUUGCAAUCAGUCUGCAGGUUCAAAAGGUGCCACGUUGUGUGUUGUAACUUGCAAGCAUGGAUGGUCUAAGGCACAUGAGAGUGAGAGGUAGAGGGCUCGGGGGAAGACGAGUCCGAGGAAGAGGAGUCCGUGUGCGAGGUGGGGUGUAGCUGGAAGGGCUCAAGUCACAGAUGAAAUUCGGGCAACUGUGAUUGAUCAUGUGGUAAAUCAUGGUCUUUCACAUAGAGAGGCUGGACAAAGAGUCCAACCUGUUCUCAAUAGAAACACAGUUGCAUCCAUUGUCAGAGUUUUUUGACUGGAGAACAGGUAAUGUUGCUCAUACAGGAUAUACAGAUAUAUCUGUAGUGAUAUACAGUAUGUCAUGUAAUUUUAUUCCACGUCAUGUAUUCUUUAUAGAAUCGAAAGGCUACCGGUCGGUGGUGGUAGACGCAGACUUUUGAAUGCUGAGCAGGAGGCAGCCAUUGUGAACAUGGUUCUGGCAAAUAAUGCCAUUAGGCUGCGUGAAAUCAGGGCAGCAGUGAUUGCAGAUCAGGGGGUAUUUCGAAAUGUAAAUACUGUGAGUGAGACAACAAUUGCCCGUGUCCUCAGUAGGAACAACAUGGCUAUGAAACAGCUCUACAGAGUUCCCUUCCAGAGGAACUCUGAUGCUGUGAAGGAGGCCAGAUGCCAAUAUGUGGAGCAUAUCAUGGAGCUUGAAGCUGAGGGGGCACAUCAUACUUUCAUCUAUGUCGAUGAAGCCGGCUUCAACCUCUGUAAAGUGAGGCGCCGUGGGAGGAACCUCAUUGGGCGUAGGGCCACUAUUACAGUUCCAGGGCAGAGGGGCGCCAACAUUACUAUGUGUGCUGCUAUUUCUAAUGAUGGUGUCCUCAGCCAUAUUCCAGCUGUUGGCCCCUACAAUAGUGAGCGCCUCAUUGCAUUCUUGGACACCCUGCAUGACAGGCUCAUCCCGCCUCAGGAAAGAGGGCUGUUGAGGCCUGGCAUGCCACUGUUUGUAAUCAUCUGGGACAAUGUGGCAUUCCACCACUCUUGUGUGGUGAAUGAGUGGUUUGUGGGGCACCCGAGGAUGAUGAUGCAAUUCCUUCCUCCAUACUCUCCAUUUUUAAAUCCUAUAGAGGAAUUCUUCAGUGCAUGGAGAUGGAAGGUAUACGACCACCACCCCUAUGAGCAGAUGCCCUUGCUCGAUGCAAUGACCGCUGCUGCCCAAGACAUAGAUGCAGAGGCAUGCCAAGGAUGGAUAAGGCAUGCUAGAAGAUUCUUCCCUAGGUGCAUCGCAAGGGAAAAUAUUGAGUGUGAUGUAGAUGAGGCCAUGUGGCCUAUUCAUCAAGAGAGAAUAGACUAGUAGAGAUUUUUUUUUCUUUAUUGUACAGAAUUAUUAUUUUUAUUUUCCUAAUGUCUUACACAGUGACGGAUUUUAUUUUUUCUUUCAUAUUCUAUAUGUGGCUUCUGUUGGGAUAUUUCGUUUGUUAGCCACGGUCUAAAUAAGAAAAACAAGAAUGAAUACUGCAAUCAAUAAAAUUUUCAACACAGCAUAUCUGGAUCACUUUUUUUUGCAAGAAGGCAAAUUUGACUACAAAUGGCACUGACAUGUAAGCUGCUCAGUCAUUACUGUAGCUCAGUCAUUAGGUACAAUGACC